AGUACCUCUGCUUUUCCUUAAAAUUCCCAAAACUCCACAUUUACAUAUUCUCUCUCUCUCUCUCUCUAUCUCUCUCUUUUAUUUGUUAAGAAAGCGAAGUAAAAAUGGUUUCAGCGGAAGGUGGUAGUGGAAGUAGCGGUGGUAGAAACCCAAUUAGGAAGCUUUUGGGUUUGGGGUAUUGGGUUCAAGGAUUCAGGUGCUUCCCAUGGUUAGCAGUGAGUUUCUUCCUCAAGGAUGGCCUCAAUGUGGACCCUUCAACUCUUCAACUUCUUCAGAAUUCAGCUAAUCUUCCAAUGGUUGGAAAGCCCCUCUAUGGCCUUGUUUCAGACUCCAUCUACAUCUCUGGCCAGCAUCGAGUUCCUUACAUCGCCUUUGGAGCUUUCUUGCAGGCAUUGUCAUGGCUAGCCAUAGCAAUCUCUCCAUCAAACAUAUCUAUUUUCACUAUCUCCAUAUACCUCCUUCUUAGUAAUCUGGGUGCUUCAAUAGCUGAGGUAGCAAAUGAUGCCAUUGUUGCAGAGAUGGGUAAACAACCUCCUUCCUCAACCAAGCACUCUCAACCAUCUUCCUCAGGCAGCCUCCAAUCAUUUGUUUGGAUAGCUUCCUCUGUAGGAGGAGUCCUUGGAAACCUUCUUGGCGGCAUUUUUAUUGGCCGGUUCUCCCCACAAUCUAUGUUUUUGUUUUUUGGCCUUCUCCUUGCUCUCCAAUUUUUCAUAACCAUUUCGGUUCGUGAGAGCUCUCUUGGGCUCCCAAAGCGUCCAUCUGUUGGGAUAAGGAAACAGCUUUCAGAGUUAUUGGUUGUUCUAAGAAAACCUGAAAUUGCUUAUUCAAUAUCAUGGUUUGCAGCAUCUUAUGCCAUUAUUCCUGCACUCACAGGUACCAUGUUCUUUUACCAGACACAGUAUUUGAAAAUUAACUCAUCAGUGUUGGGUAUCUCCAAGGUGUUUGGCCAGGCAACAAUGCUUCUAUGGGGCAUCAUAUAUAAUCAAUACUUGAAAUCUGUCCCACCAAGGAAACUUAUAUCAGCCAUUCAAGCUAUGAUGGCAUUCCUUAUGAUUUCAGAUUUCUUGUUUGUGCAAGGUUUCUAUCGACAAAUGGGUGUCCCAGACUCACUCUAUGUUGUGAUUUUCUCUGGAUUUUUAGAGGUUCUAUUUUUCUUCAAGAUUCUACCAUUCAGUAUCUUAAUAGCUCAUCUGUGUCCACCAGGAUGUGAGGGGUCUAUAAUGGCAUUUCUUAUGUCUGCUAUAGCCCUUGCAUUCAUUGUGAGCGGAUACCUUGGUGUUGCACUUGCAUCAUACAUCAAUGUUACAGGAAGUGACUUUUCAGGACUUCCACUUGGACUUCUGAUACAAGCAGCAUGUACUCUGUUACCAAUUUUUUGGUCAUCAUGCAUACCUGAUAAUGUAGUAUCAAAAGGCAAGCAUAAAGAUUAGAAAGAAUUGUUGGAGGUUAUGGGUUUUGAGAGUGUUUUUGGUUGCAUGAAAUCUUACACUAAGAAACAUCAAGUUUUCGAAUCUCAACGUGUUACUAGACAAAAGUAAUCAUGCUUUCACCUAUUAAACUUUAUAUGGUGUACAUAUUGUUUGGACUAUAUUAACAAUAUAUCAAAACAAAUAUAACAAUGAUGAUUCUAGUAGAUAGUGUUGUGAUGCUGAAGUUAUUGAUUCUGUUUAUUUCAUUGCACUCAUGCAUCAGAUAGCAGAUAGAAGCUAUAUCAGUUGGCUUGCUAAAUUAUUAGACAAAAUAUCUCGAAGUGAUAGGUUGUAAAAGUGUAGUAUGACCAAGCAAUUCAAGUGCCAUGUUCGUUUAAUUAGUACCUUCGUCUUCCCUUGAACAUCAAGUGGGUAGGCUUUAUAUUAUGGGUGGAUUUGUAUUCAAAAAUCGCAUCAAACGGUUAGAGCC